GAUCCCGUUUUCAUAUCGCGUAUUAGCAGCACUACCGAUAACGAACAAACUAGCUUACGGGAGGAGCACCCACCGAUUCCGAUCCAUUUUAUUCCAUGGCCAUGGCGACCUCGAGCUCCACCUUCAUUGCUUCUUUCAACACUUCUCCUUAUUUGUUUCCAUGCCGGUUUAGGUUUUUGGAGCCGGAGUUCGUUGCUCAUGUCCCUCACCGCGGCUUUGGGGGUGGUGCUAGGCCGAUUUUCUUGCGGAAAUGGAAUAUUGUGAGCGCAUCAUCCAAUGCCUUGAAUGCAGUCAGUCCAGCAUCAUUGGUUUUUGAUGAAGAUAACGACCCAAUGCCCAUAGUUCUCAUAGAUCAGGAUUCAGAUUCCUUUGCAACGAUAGUGGAAGUCAGUUUUGGCGAUCGCCUUGGAGCUCUUAUUGAUACGAUGAGAGCGUUAAAAGAUUUGGGUUUGGAUGUGGCCAAGGGAACUGUUAGCACAGAGGGACCAGUCAAGAAAACAAAAUUUUAUCUGACAAGACUAGACUCUGGCCGGAAGGUAGAAGAUCCUGAUUUGUUGGAGAGCAUUCGUUUAACCAUCAUCAACAACCUUUUGAAGUACCACCCUGAAUCUAGUCAACAGCUUGCAAUGGGUGAGGCUUUUGGAAUUCAACCUCCAGAGAAAAAGCUUGAUAUUGAUAUUGCAACUCAUGUUCACGUGAGAGCCGAUGGACCUAAAAGGAGCCUACUUUGUUUGGAGACAGCAGACCGACCUGGAUUGCUGGUGGAAGUUAUAAAAAUACUCGCUGAUAUCAACAUUGAAGUUGAAUCGGCAGAGAUAGAUACGGAAGGGUUGGUCGCCAAGGACAAGUUUCAUGUCAGUUAUGGGGGAGCUGCAUUAAAUAGUUCCUUAUCUCAGGUAUUAGUAAAUUGUCUACGUUACUACCUGCGGAGGCCCGAGACAGACGUAGAUAGUUAUUAAAAUCUUGGGGAACAUCGUCUCAUCUCAAUGUAAGAUGCACUUGCUUUGGUUAGCUGCUGAAUAACUCCGAAGCUGUUCAUCCAAAGACCAUGUCUUGCCUGUGUAGAGUUCAGUUAUUGUCUCACAACAAAUGCUAUCUUCCACGUCUGUUGGUAUCUGUCCAAGACUCAUCGUUGUUCUCACAUACCAAAUUAAAAAGGGAUUUGAAGAAUAAAUUUGGUUAUUUUCAAGUAUUUAGUACUCAA